AUGGCACGAUCAAUCGCCCUCGCAGCUCUUCUCUUCGCCCUCCCUAUCGCAGCGCAGCCUGAAAUCACUUCUUCGUCUGCCGCCACCGCUGCCACUAGCCCAAUGACGACCGACAUCAUCUCAGACUCGCCCGAGUCUACUGAGCACGAGAGCUUGACGAUUGUGUCGACAAUUACCCGCAGUAACGGCAUUGACUAUUACGCGGUUCCGAUCAGCAAAUAUAAUGGUACUGUGACGGGAAGUGCUCCUUCGGCGACUGUUGAUGUGAGCAAUGGGGGGGCAGGAUUGAUGAUUGGGACUGUUGGUAUUGUUGCUGGUGUUGUUGGCGCGCUCGCAGUCGUGUUGUGA